AUGACCUACGGCUCCAGAGACCAGCAAUUCAAUAGAGACAACUACAACUCUCGCGGUGGCGACUUCCGUGGUGGUAGAUCUUCCGACAGAAACUCCUACGGUAGAGACAACCGUUCCGGUGGUGGUCGUGGAGGUUUCUCGCGUUCUUUCCACACUCAACCUCAAGAGCUUAUUGCUCCAAACUGGGAUGAGGAGUUGCCAAACUUGCCAAAGUUUGAGAAGAACUUCUAUGUUGAGCAUGAAACCGUGCGCAACCGUUCCGAUGCUGAGGUUGAGGCGUUCAGAAAGGAAAAUGAGAUGACCAUUUACGGUAAGGACAUUCCAAAGCCAAUCACUACUUUUGACGAAGCAGGCUUUCCUGACUACGUUUUGAGUGAGGUGAAGGCUGAGGGUUUUGAAAAGCCUACUGGUAUUCAAUGCCAAGGGUGGCCUAUGGCUUUGUCAGGUAGAGACAUGAUCGGUGUUGCUGCUACCGGUUCUGGUAAGACCUUGUCUUACUGUUUGCCAGGUAUCGUGCACAUCAACGCUCAGCCACUUCUUUCUCCUGGUGAUGGCCCUAUCGUUUUGGUGUUGGCUCCAACCAGAGAAUUGGCUGUCCAAAUUCAAAAGGAAUGCUCCAAGUUCGGUAAGUCCUCCAGAAUUAGAAACACUUGUGUCUACGGUGGUGUUCCACGUGGUCAACAGAUCAGAGAUUUGACCAGAGGUGCAGAAAUUGUUAUCGCCACUCCAGGUAGAUUGAUUGAUAUGUUGGAAAUUGGUAAGACCAACUUGAAGAGAGUCACCUAUUUGGUUCUUGACGAAGCAGAUAGAAUGUUGGAUAUGGGUUUUGAGCCUCAAAUCAGAAAAAUUGUUGAUCAAAUUAGACCUGACAGACAAACCUUGAUGUGGUCUGCUACCUGGCCUAAGGAAGUUCAACAGUUGGCCAGAGAUUACUUGCACGACCCUAUCCAGGUCAACGUUGGUUCUUUGGAAUUGGCUGCUUCUCACAACAUUACUCAACUUGUCGAAGUUGUCUCUGAGAUGGAAAAACGUGAUCGUUUGCUCAAGCACUUGGAGACUGCUUCUGAGGAUAAGGACUCUAAGAUCUUGAUCUUCGCUUCCACCAAGAGAACUUGUGAUGAGAUCACCAAAUAUUUGAGACAAGAUGGAUGGCCCGCCUUGGCAAUUCACGGUGACAAGCAGCAACAGGAGCGUGACUGGGUUUUGCAAGAGUUCAGAACUGGUAGAUCCCCUAUCAUGGUAGCAACCGAUGUUGCAGCCAGAGGUAUUGAUGUCAAGGGUAUCAAUUAUGUUAUCAACUACGACAUGCCAGGUAACAUUGAGGACUACGUUCACAGAAUUGGUAGAACUGGUAGAGCUGGUGCUAAAGGUACUGCUGUGUCCUUUUUCACUGAAGCCAAUAAGGGUCUAGGUGCCCAAUUAAUUGGAAUUAUGAGAGAAGCCAAUCAGCAAAUCCCACCAGAAUUGAUGCAAUAUGACAGAAGACCUUACGGCGGUCACCCAAGAUAUGGCCGUGGCGGUCGCGGUGGUUAUGGUCGCGGUGGCCGCGGUGGCUAUGGUCGUGGUCGUGGUGGUUUCGGUGGACGUGGUAGAGAUUCUGGCUGGGGUUCUAGAAAUGGUGGGAACAGAUCUGUAAACUACUAA